GACGACAUUACGAAUAGAAAUUACGCAGCAUUUUACUGGGCCGUGCACGACGUGGAAAAGACCCCCAACCCACUCCUUCCCAACCCCCGGAGGUCAGAGUUGAAGCUGGGCCGGCAGGGUGGCGACAGACAUAGAAGGCUGGCCAGGGAUUGAGCGUCCCUCUCACGAGAUGCUGAUUUUAUUUUCCAGAGCACUUGGUACCUGCUCAGACAGCCAAAGUUCCCGAAAUCAUCUACAACGACAAUGAUGGGCCUGUUCUUGAUUGGCCAGAAAGUUCCCCUGACCUGAACUCCAUAGAACAUUUAGGGACAUUUGUCAAGAGGACGGUGAGAGACACCAGGCCAACAAUGCAAGUGACCUCAAGGCUGAGACUGUAUGCAGAAGCUGCAGUUCACAACAGCCAUGCAGGCUCAGGAAGUCCUGAGGCAGCUGCGGCUUCCAGAGCUGGACGACUUACGCCAGUACAUACGUGGACUUCCCACCAACACACUGUUGGGCAUGGGCGCCAUCGCUGCAUUCACAACCUACUGGCUCACCACUAGGCCACGAGCCCUGGAACCAGCGUGUGACCUCACCAUGCAGUCCGUGGAAAUGCUAGGUGAAGAAGCUGCAAGAAGAUCGGUGCUCAACAAGAGUGAUGAAUAUCUGACGUACUACCACAGCGAUGCAAAAACAAUAUAUGAGGGCUUUCUACGAGGUCUCAGAGUGUCAAAUAAUGGACCGUGUUUAGGAGCGAGGAAACCAAACCAGCCUUACGAAUGGCAGUCUUACAGAGAGGUUGCAGACCGGGCCGAGAACAUCGGCUCUGCCCUGCUUCACAAGGGUCACUCGCAAUCAGGAGACAAAUUCAUUGGAAUCUUUGCCCAAAACAGACCUGAGUGGACAAUUUCUGAACUGGCCUGCUACACAUACUCUCUCGUAGUCGUUCCGCUGUACGACACACUCGGUGCAGAGGCCAUCAGCUUUAUCAUCGAUAAAGCCACCAUCAGUACAGUGAUCUGCGACGUCCCGCAAAAAGCCCAGAUGAUUCUCGACUGUUUUGACAAGAAACCGCGAAGGGUGAAGACUAUUGUGUUGAUGGAGCCUUUUGACGGCGAGCUGGUGGCUCGAGGACAGACAUGCGGCGUCCAGGUUCUAAGUCUGAAGGAGUUUGAGGACUUGGGUAAAGCCAACUACCAUGACCCCAUGCCACCGAAACCUGAGGACAUUGCACUUAUCUGCUUUACAUCUGGAACUACUGGAAACCCUAAGGGUGCAAUUCUCACUCAUGGAAAUGUCAUCUCAAACACUGCAGCUUUUCUUAAAAUAACAGAGGUGCACUGCAUGCUGCAUUGUGAUGACGUUCUCAUAUCCUAUCUCCCUCUAGCUCAUAUGCUUGAGAGGGUUGUUCAGGGUGUCAUCCUCAUCCAAGGUGCUCGUAUCGGAUUCUUUCAAGGCGACAUUCGGCUCUUGAUGGACGACCUGAAAGAAUUGCAGCCGACAUUCUUCCCUGUGGUGCCCCGUCUCCUCAAUCGCAUGUUUGAUAAGAUAUUUAGCCAAGCCAACACGCCACUAAAAAGAUGGAUGCUUGAUUUGGCUUUCCGGAGGAAGCUGUCCGAUCUGAAUAGCGGUGUGGUGAGGAGAGACAGUAUAUGGGAUAAGAUCAUCUUCAGAAAAGUGCAGGCGAGCCUUGGUGGACGUGUGCGUCUGAUGCUUACAGGAGCUGCCCCCGUUUCGCCCACCGUGCUCACUUUCCUACGAGUUGCGCUGGGGUGCCAGUUUUACGAAGGCUACGGCCAGACUGAAUGCACAGCCGGAUGCGCCAUGUCGAUGCCUGGCGACUGGACAGCAGGACAUGUCGGACCUCCUCUGCCUUGUAACGCUAUCAAACUGGUGGAUGUGGCGGACAUGAACUACCUGGCAGCCAACAACGAAGGAGAGGUUUGUGUCAAAGGACCAAAUGUCUUCCUGGGAUAUCUGGGAGACCCUGAGAAAACGGCGGAGGCCAUUGAUGAAGACGGAUGGCUACACACGGGGGACAUUGGGAAAUGGCUUCCAAAUGGCACUCUGAAGAUCAUUGACAGGAAGAAACACAUCUUCAAGCUGGCGCAAGGAGAAUACAUUGCCCCGGAGAAAAUUGAGAACAUUUACACUCGCAGUGACUCGGUGGCGCAGAUAUUUGUGCACGGGGACAGUUUACAGGCAUGUUUGGUGGCAGUUGUGGUGCCUGAUCCCGACUCUUUACCCAACUGGAUCAAGAGACGAGGCAUUGAUGGCUCCUACUUGGACUUGUGUAAAAACAAUGAUGUUAAGAAUGCAAUUUUGGAAGAUAUCCAGAAGCUGGGCAAAGAAGCUGGACUCAAAUCUUUUGAACAGGUGAGAGACAUUGCAUUACAUCCAGAGAUGUUCUCCGUGCAGAACGGUCUGCUGACACCAACGCUCAAGGCUAAGAGGGCAGAACUUCGGAGUCACUUUAGAUCGCAGAUAGAUGAACUUUAUGCCGGAGUUAAGGUCUAAACAGGGGUAGCAAAAAGGGUAACACUUGAAUGGGAACAUGUCUGCCAGUAACAAUCCGGACAUUUUAUUUGUGUGUUCAAUGGAACUCAGUUUGAAAGACGUUCUUUGUAACACUAAGUUUUCCUCAACAGGACACCAAAUUAUAACUGGUUUUAUUUAUGAGUGUUAGUUUUAUAAUGCAGGUGAAUAAUAUUAACUGUGCCUAAUAUUAUGACACAUAAUAUUGACUAUUUUUGCAUUCCCUGUUUCUCCACCAUGUAGUCUAGUAUGUUUUCUGCAGGAGGGGCUUUGUUGGUACUUAAUACUUGACUUCAAUUCUGCUUUGACACACCGCUCGGCUGACAGUUCAAUUCUGCCUUUGACACACCGCUCGGCUUACAAGACACUGAUGAAAUUUGGAAUUGAGACCCAGUCUUUUCAAACAAUAUUGUGUUUGUAUAGUAAUGUAUAAAAUACAUUUUUUCUCCAAACAUGUGAGUACAAAUAUUAGAGUUCAAUAAAGUGCAUCGUUAAAUUAACAUUUCUUGGACACACUUCACCUUCUACUGUUAAUGGAACUCUUCGAUGCAGCUGAGCAGCAGCUCAUCGGAGAUUUCGCUGCUGUUCACCUCAAAGUUGUCGAGGCAUUCUGAGAAUUCGCGGUCGUCCUCAGCGCCUUCUACCCAAGCAGAUGUGGAUUCCUGAUCUGGAGCCACCUGUGCUGGCGCCUGGCUAGGUUCGAUGUUGCCUGCUUCGUCCAUCAUGUAUGCUUGGUCCUCCUCAUCCUGUCAGCACAGAACAAAAUAUGAGGGACUAAAAUGGUCCGAUUGGGCCCUAAUGGCCCUAAAUGGGUUACUAAAAUGGUGGAAAUUUUCUGGGACAUCAAACAUAUAUGGCGGAAAACACUCAGGUGACUUCAAGUUCUGCUCUGAGACCCGAAAUUUCAAAAUCCUAUAUGCAUGUGUGAUACAUCAUUGGAAAGCUUAAAAUCUCAAUUUUCUGGGGGAAGAAAAAUUUUGACCGGGAGUGCAUUUUUUAAGUUUGUUUUUUUUAAACCCCUAAACCCUAACACGGGGUGAGUGCAUGAGAAAGGAUAAUUAAAGACACCAUAAUUUUAACAACAUAUUAUCGGGUACUUUCCUUGUUUCGAUCCAGACACUGUAAUAUAACGGGUCGCAAUGCAGAAACGCAGGCAUCAAGGAGUGGUCAAGAUUUUUUUUUCAAAUAUUUACCCUUUUCAUUAAAAAAAAAAAAAAAUUCUUUGUUUAGAUCGAUUAUUCAUCACCUAAAAUAUCAGGGAAAAUGCGACAAUUAAUAAAAAUUUUUUUUAAAAAAAAUGAAUUAAGCGAUAGUUAUGAGGUAGAUAUCCGUUACAGAUUGUUUUUUCAUUGUGACGUAAAUUGUUCAAAAGUUUUUUUUUUUAAACUAAAUAUUUGACAUCGUUUAAUGAUUGUAAUCUACUAAUGAUAGACAUUUCGAAUAAUAAAUAUAAUUACCUUCUUUUUACAGCUGUCUUGAAACAAAAGCGGUUGCGCGGUGUCUGUAAAUAGGAGUCUCCAGGGUAAAACAGACAAAUUAAAAAUAGUUCGGGGGCUUAAUGCGCCAUGAAACUGCUAUGGCAGCAUACAGUGUAUCACAAAAGUGAGUACACCCCUCGCAUUUCUGCAGAUAUUUAAGUACAUCUUUUCAUGGGACAACACUGACAAAAUGACACAAUGAAAAGUAGUCUGUGUGUGUCUGUGUUCUGUCAAACACAACAGUUCUUUUGGCUUAAAAUACAGCAGUUCAUUUUAAAGAGGGGUGCAAGAGCAGAAAACGCUUCUUCAGCCUUGUCUGUGUUUUCCGCCAUAUAUAGGGUGUUACAAAAUGUUUGACCUCAUUUCAUAGGCCAAUAAUUUUGACAAUUUUCAUUGGAAUGACCUCAAUUUUUCAAAGCUUGUGAAGAAAAGUUUUUGUGUGGAACGUUUGGCAUUUCUAUUCAGGUUAAGGAAUGCCAUUCAUUUCAAAAGAAAAGGCGUUUUGCGUGUAAGAGUAUGCUCGGACUCAGUCACCGAAGACAGUGCAGUGUGCCUUCUUCGUACCUCCUCUUUCAGCUAACAUUGAAGAACUGAAACAGAGAAUUACAGCUGCACUGGAAACUGUUACCGAAGACACGCCACAGCGAGUUUGGCACGAGCGCGAAUACCGACUCGACGUGUGCAGAGUCACAGGCAGCGCUCAUACUGAACAUUUAUGAAAAUCUGUCAUAGAACCAACAAAUAUUUGUAUUUUUCUUUGUAAAUUUAACCAAUAAAACUUAUGACCAUCAACAUAAAGCGUAUUUAGUUUCAUUAAGAUCCAUCAAGUAGUUUCUGAGAUAUGGGCACUUAGAAUGGAGUCAACCAUUUUGGAACACCCUAUAUAUUUUAUAAUUUAGAUUUUUAGUGAGGGAUUUUAACUUAUUAAUUGAUGGCUAUUAGAAAAUGUAGAAAAUAGAAUAUUUUACUAACCAUCAUCAUUAUGUAACUCAUGCAAAUCUCCUGUGGCAGAGGGUAACCUGUAAUAAAUGUCAUUUAAAUGGUGCUACAAAAAUGGACAAAAUCAUUGUAAUACCCACAUAAUUAUCCCUUAGUAAAACAAAAAAAUGUGUACACUGUACUUCUUUACAACCUACUUGAGGAUCUGAAGUUCCUGCACUCAGGAUCGUGACACUUUUGGUACCACACUUCCUCUUUAAGAUCCACCACAAUUCUGUGCACGAAGAUGGCAUUCAAAUCAGUGCGGCCACUAAGAGGCGGACUGUUAUCAGGGGCGUUACCAAUGAAUCGUACAUGAUGUUGUUGCUUUUGUGAAACCGGCCAAUGUUAUCACACCAGCGGUACUUGGCGAUGUCAUACACCAGCAACUGCUCGGACGCAAAGUAACUCCACCGUCUGAUACCUGUCAAUAUAAAAGAUGUUUUACACAAGUAGAAAACAACAAGGCCAUAGUGAAAGAAGCAUUCAUUUUAACUGGGAGAUGAAUUGGACGCCUAUCGCCUGCAAUGGCAGCCAACGAGGUAAAAAAAUAUUUUCCAAGACGUCUAGCGUAACAAUGGCACAGAAACAUGAGCAUUCACCAACAGUCCUCCACAUU